AGUGGAGACUGCAGAGCUAGUGAGGAGGGUUGGUAGGGUGCUUUUGUUCGGCUACUCCUGACGCAGGGUGCAGCCUGGGAUCCUUGCCUGUCUCCCACUUUCCUAAAAGACCCUGCCAGCUACUAGUACCAAGGUCAAAAAACAUUCAAGAGUAAAGGUCUUGUGAGGGAAGUGUCUGACUGCAGGUGCUGGCCAUGGGGAGUACCUUCAGUAAGAAGAAGGGAUUCCGCACUCUUCUCAGAUCCAAAAUGCAGAAGACCAAAGCUAAUGAGACUCUCCCUGUCCAGACCUUGCAAGACGCUGCCACGUGGACUGGAGAGAACCACUUUCCUCCCAAGGAUAUGGAAGAGACUCCCCAAGCCAUCAAGGUCCCGCCUGCUGCACAGACUGAGCACGGCACUGGUGAAAACAAGGCCAAACUGGAUGCAGAGCCUGCUGCACGAGUGCUAGAAGAGAAUACAGAAACUUGCUUGACUGAGCUGCACGGGCAAGAGGCAGAGGUCCCCCCAGCAGCUGAGAUGCCACAAGAAACUGAGGCCCCUGCACAGAUGAUGCCAAAUGGGCAGCCUGCUCCACAAACUGUGCAAGAGCAAGGAGAGUGUCUAGAUGAGACUGGCAAAGAACACCCUGCCCCCCAUCUCGCAGAGGGAAGCCGACCUGUGUCUCAGGCAGGACAGGAAACUGCUGAAGCAAAGCCUGUUGCGCACACCAUUAUAGAGGCUGAAGUGCAUGUGCCCUCAGAGAUGCAACCUGCAAUGGAGCCUAUGGGAGAAUCUGGGGCCGUUCCCGCUGUGGAGAGCAAGCGGGAAGCUGAGGUUGAGCGUACUGCAGAGAUGACUCCUGCUGGAGAGUCUGCUCUUCAGGAUGAUGACGUGCAAAGGACUGUUGCGGUCCCCUCCACUGUGCAGGCCACAGAAGCAACUAAGGAGGCCGAACCAGAUUGCCAAGAGACUCAGGCCCUGACUGCACAAACCACAAGGGAGAGCCAGGCUGCACAGAACGUGGCAGAAGACAAGCCAGCAACACGGGUUGAUACUGUUCCACAGGUGAUGCAAGAGACACAGCAACACCCUGCUACUGUCCAGCCUGAUCUACAGACCACGCAGGAAAGUGAAGCCCAGCCCAGUGAGAGAAAUGACCAAGACACAGACCAGUCCGAGGCCCUGGCUGCUAUGCAGGCUGUGCAAGAGACUCCAUGCUGUCCUGCUGAAGCCCUGCUUGCUCAGCAAGUUGGCCAGGAGUCUGCCCAGGCAACUGAAGACAUCCCAGUCUGCGAAGGGACAACGCAGCCUGCUGCAGAGGAGAGUUCAGAAGCAUCUGUGGACACAGCUGAUGCAGCAACUUGCAAGGGGGCUGACAACCUCCCUUUGGCACAGAGCAGCACAUCCUCAGCCCAAACCCUGUGGGGGGCCAAGGAAGGAAUUGCGGUGUGCCCACCAGCUGCACGUCCCACUGAAGAGCUCCGGGAGGCAGAACCUGCACUGCAGAGAAUGCGUGAAACGGUUAGGAUUGGCAUUUUGCACAUAGUGACCCGGGGCUCAAGACUCAGGCCACAGUAAAAACUGAAUCCCCACUACUUUCAUGGGCCCCUCCUUCGACUGAAUCUGCUGGACAAGACUCCAAACCUUGCCUGCUACACAGGCCCUGCAUUUAUACUGUACAAAUUGAACAUGAAGGAACCCGGACAGCUCUGCAGAUGGUGCAAGCUGCUGGCAUGGCUUCUGCCAUGCCAGAACAGCUUAUAAGUUCACUAAAGGACUGGCCUACUGUAUUGACAACACGGUGUUUGUUGAGACUCAGCAGAAAGGAAAUCACCCUGGAGUCUGGAUGAGUGCACUCCUAGUUCCCUUCCCUUCUGGCAGAUGACAAGGGAGGGGGGGCAUCUACGGCUUGUUCUGUGCAGUGCAGCUCUCCUACAACUGGCACCUAAAUUAGCAAGAAAAAUCUACAUUUGAAUUUCUCUAGAAGCUACAGCACCUGGGACAGGAGUCCUGACCCCUUCUUCCCCCUCCAGCCCCUUGAAACACCAAGAAUUGAAGAUGAAAAUACUGCUGUUCUUGAACUGAGGCCAAGCAAACUUGAGACUUGCCCCCUCCCUUCCCUCACCUGUUUCAAGCACCCUCCUAUCCAAAGGCUGUGGAGCUGGUUAAUCCAGCUCAUGCUGGGCUAGAGUAACUUGAGCAUAUCUGUCAAAUCAACAAAUGCCAAGAGCCAGCUCAGCUGAGAACUAACAGCAGUCUUAGCUAAAACUGGCUGCCCUGUGAAGGGAUGGGAUAUAAUGCAUAAAGACUCCAGUAAGAGGCUGGGGCAGGCUUCCUACUUUCCUGCCAGCAAAGUGGGUUCUCUGACUCAAUGAUGUAUUCCCUGGAAGCAUGCUUGUGAUUACUAAGCUUUCUGUCUCCUCCUGCACUAGAGCUCUGGGAGUUGGGCUUUCUCUGUAGGCCAAGCUAAUUGCAUCUCCAUGUUUUGAA